AUGUUAUCAGUUGGUCGUACCCUUGGUGCAGUAUGUCGAAGCUGCCAAACAAUAUUGCGCGGUUUACUGACCCCAGAAAGUAGCAUGUUUGAAAGCCGAGCAAAUUUCAAGGUCCGGCGGCAGCUGAAACUUAGAUGUUUACAUUGCUACUUUAUUCGGGUAGAUGGCCGCUGGGAAGUGCGAUGCACAGAGUAUGCAAAACAUCAUCAGAAGGAACCAUUUAAUGUAAAAUUGUUAUGGUGA